UUUGUCCAAUCAGGGCCCUCUGGGGCAUGUGGGUAGGGCGACGCACUGCUAAGGCGGGGACAUCCCUACCUUAUCUGGUCUCUCUGGGAAUGCCAGUUCCCUGUCCCUAAUGGUCCCUGGAGGCUCUGUCGCAGUCUCUGUUGUCCUGUGAUCUGCACUGGUCGUGAGAGUGAAGGCAGGAUUCAGGGAGACCCAGGAGACCUAGAAAUGGACUCAGUGACCUUUGAGGAUGUGUCUGUGAACUUCAGUCUGGAGGAGUGGUCUUUACUGGAUCCUUCACAGAAGAAAUUGUAUAGAGAUGUGAUGCAGGAAACCUUCAGAAACCUGGCCUCAGUAGGUAAAAAAUGGGAAGAUCAUGACAUUGAUGAUCAGUACAAAAACCAGGAGAGAAUAUGUAGAAGUCAUAGGGUAGAGAGACUCUGUGAAGGGAAAGAAGGUAGUCAGUGUGGAGAGAACUUCAGCCUUAUUCUGAAGAAGAAAACUCUUUCUGGAGUAAAACCACAGGAAUACAGUGUGUGUGAGAAAGUCUUCAUGCAUCAUUCAUCUUAUAAUAGGGACAUCAGAUGUCACACUGGACCCAAGCCCUCUGAGUAUCAGAAAUAUGGAGAGAAGCCAUAUAAAUGUAAUGUAUGUGGGAGAGCCUUCAGUUACCUGCAGUGUUUUGAAAAACAUGAAAGAAAUUCCAAUGGAGAAAAAUUGUAUAAAUGUGAGGAAUGUGGAAAAGGUUUACUGUGGCUCAAAAGCCCUCAAAGACACAUAACACAUACUGUAGAUGCUCCUUAUAAAUGUAAGGUUUGUGGGAAAACUUUUAGUUCUUCAACUUCACUUCAAAUGUGUGAAAGAACCCACGGUGGAGUGCAGCCCUAUCAAUGUAAACAAUGUGGAAAAGCCUUCCGAUAUUAUAAAAGUUUUCAAAGACAUGAAAGAAAUCAUCCUGGAGAGAAGCCCUAUGAAUGUAAAAAAUGUAGUAAAGCAUUCAGAUAUCCCAGUCAUCUUCAAAUACAUGAAAGAACUCACACUGAAGAGAAACCCUAUGAAUGUAAGGAAUGUGGAAAAGCCUUCAGAUCAUACAGUUCCUUACAACCACACGAAAUGACUCACACAGGAGAGAAACCCUAUGAAUGUAAGGAAUGUGGAAAAGCAUUCAGAUAUUAUAGUUCCUUACAAAUACAUGAAAGGUCUCACACCGGAGAGAAACCCUAUGAGUGUAAAAAAUGUAAUAAAGCAUUCAGUGCCCCCAGUUGUCUUCGAAAACAUGAAAGAAUUCACACAUCAGAGAAACCCUAUGAAUGUAAGGAAUGUGGAAAAGCUUUCAGAUUUUGCAGUUCCUUACAAACCCAUGAAAGGACACACACAGGAGAGAAACCCUAUGAAUGUAAGCAAUGUGGAAAAGCCUUGAGAUAUUAUAGUUCCUUACAAAUACAUGAAAGAAUACACACAGGUGAGAAACCCUAUGAAUGUAAGGAAUGUGGAAAUGCAUUCAGAUGUAACAGUUUCUUAAAAAUACACAAAAAAUCUCACACUGGAGAGAAACCUUAUGCAUGUGGAAAAUGUAGUAAAGUAUUUAAUACUUCUAGUAAUCUUCGAAUACAUGAAAGAACUCACACUUCAGAGAAACCCUAUGAAUGUAAGGAGUGUGGAAAAGCCUUUAGAUAUUAUCGUUCCUUACAAACACAUGAAAGGACUCACACAGGAGAGAAACCCUAUGAAUGUAAACAUUGCGGUAAAGCCUUCAUUUGUCGCACCACCAUUCAAAGACACAUGAAAAUGCAUACUGGAAAUACACCUUAUCAGUGUAAGGAAUGUGAGAAAGCAUUCACUUGCCUUAGUUUGUAUCAACGACAUGAAAGAACUCACACUGGAGAGAAACCCUAUGAAUGUAAACAAUGCAGUAAGGCCUACAGAGAUCACAGUUCCUUACAAAGACAUGAAAGGACCCACACUGGAGAAAAACCCUAUGAAUGUAAGGAAUGUGGAAAAGCCUUCAUUUGUAACAAAAUUUUUCGAAUACACAUGAUGAGAGUGCACACUGCGGAAAAACCAUAUAAAUGUGAAGAAUGUGGGAAAGCCUUCAGUCAUCCCUAUUCCUUUCGAAGGCAUGAAAGGACUCACUGGAUUAAACCUCUUAAAUGUAAAUAGUGUGAGAAAGACUUCGAUUGGCUCAUAUCCAUACAUGUGAAAACUCCCACUGAAAAGAAAAAAAAUGUAAAUAAUAUGGGAAGGAUUGAUGUAAUUAAUGUUCUAGAAAACUUUCAAGAUUAAAGGAUUGUUAAAAUUGUAAAUAAGUUGUAUUUACGGGGUUUCUUCCCUUAAGUGUGUAGUUGGACAUGGGAUUUCUACUACAGUAGACCCUUGAAAAACACAGGGGUUAGGGGCGCCUACUGCCCACGCGGUCGAAAAUUUGUUUAUAACUUAAGCCAGUCCUCUGCAUAAAUGAAUAUCAAGCCAAAGAUCGAAAAUAUAUUUGACUCUUGUACAGUACAAGUUUAAUACUGCACAGGUCCACGUUUUAAAUUCCGCGUAAAAGUGGACCCGUGCAUUUCAAAUUCGUGCUGUUCAAGCAUCAACUAGAACUACCGUUAGAAAUAAAUCCUGGGGCUAAAUUAUUCUGCAAGUUGUCUUUCAACAAUUAAAUAACAUUAAUAGGUAGUGACUUCAUUAAAUCAGUUAAUAUUGUCUCUACAUUUUUCAUUUUCAAAAAAAUUUGUCUCUUUACAGUUUGAAGACUGUUAGGUCCUCAGGUGAAUUCCUAUUACUUUUGGCUGAAUGUAAUCCUUCAAAUGUUUUCACUUGUAUGUGAUUAAAACUAUGUGCAUUUUUGGGGGUCAAACUAACACUUCUGUAUUUGCUUUUAAUAAAACAUAAAAAUGUUUCAUUAACUUUUUAAAGCUGUAAAAUCCUAAA